AUGCAAGAAGUCAAAAAGCUGAUUGACGAACUUGAAAAGAUCAUCCAAAAGGUCAUUGGAGAAAACCAAGUCAUUCCGCAAGUAAAAUCAGAGCUAGAACCAUCAAUUAAAGCACUUCAAGAUUCUUUUCCAGAGUUUUACAAUGACAUCGUUAAUUAUUAUUCAACAGUAGGAGAUGUUAGGAGACAAGCUAUUACAAAUCAGCUUGUAAGUACAUUUUCUUGCAAAGAUUCAUUUACGUUAUUUUCGACUUCAUGGAAUUCCAUAUCAAAAACCAUCGAUAAAUACGCAGAUGUGAAUCCUCCGCCUCAUAUACAAGAAAUAACUGUGAAAUUCCGUAGUUUGAAGUCAACAUUUGAUUUUAUUCAGACAAUUAACGAGCGUCAAAAGAAGCCAAGUCAAAUGGUUGAAAGUGGUGUACUUAGCAUACAAACCAACUGCAAUAAUUUAUACCAAAACAUUUGUUCUUUGUUUAAUUCACCAACUUUUCCUCAUUUCGAAACUGAUAUGUGCACAUCAUUCAAAAAUGACAUCAAAUUGUUUGUAAGUGUCAUUUCUUCAGUUUUUGCAAACGAUUUCGUUAUAACGGAUCAUCCAUCAACAGAAAUUAACAAAUUAAAGCUUGGCGCCAUCGGAUACUGCAACGAUAUGAUAUCUAUAUUAUCAGCGAGCUUUUCAUUUACAGAUCAAAUGAAGCAAGUUCAAGAUAUCAAAAAUGAAAUUAAUAAAUAUCUUUCUCCAAUUCUCCAAGAGAUGUCUGGACCAUUUUCCAUUGUUAAACCACUUGUUCCGAUCUCAAACAGGCCAAAUCACAUGGAAUUCAACAAUUCUAAACAAGAACAAGAACUAACAAUGGCAGAAAGAGCAAUAAACAUGUAUUCAAGGUUUGAUGACUUUCUAAACAGAGUUUUACCAUCAUUAGUCAAUGGUGUUAAGAUGGAUACUGAAAUGGAAACAAAUUUAGACACUCUUGAAGACGCAAUAAAAGCUAUGAAAGUAAAUAAUGAAUUCUUGAACAGAAAAUUAAAUAAUGCUAAUAAAAACAUCAAGAACUUAAAGGAUUCUUUAGCUGAAGAGAAACAAUUGCGUCAGAAUAACAUUGAUUCAGCAGAAAUGAGAAUGAAAGCUCGUGAUGAACAAAUUAUUCAAGAAAAAUUAAAAAUAAAUGAUUUGGAAAAAGUCAUUCAAAAAUUAGAAGAAGAUAAAUUAGAAUACGAAAAGGAAUUAGAAAGAUUUAAUGUUGUUGGUGACCCCACUUAUUUAAGACGCAUGUUAUGUAGUGUUUUAGAUGAAUAUCACAUGAAUUACGAUUCAUCUGAUCCUGGUUUAAAUGUUGCAUUGAGAGAAUUAAUUCAGAAAAUUCAAAUUUGUCCGAACUGUCCAGGAAAAGACAAAACAAUUAAUGAUUUAAGAAAUCUGAUUGAUAAAGUUGUUCCUGAUGGCCAAGGUUCGUAUUCUGAUAAAUUAUACUCUAUCCCUGUAAAAAUCAAAAGUUUAAACAAUAUCAUCGAAAAACACAAAAAAGAUGAUGAACUUUUGAAUGAAAAAUUAAAGCAGGCGUACACGCAAUUAACUAACAAGACAAUAGAGAAUAUGAAUAACAGUGAUAUAGCAAAUGAAUUACAUAAAGCUGCUGCAAAGAAGAGACAAACUAAAAUGGCUUUGUUAACAAAGAAAAUGCCUUUUGCCGAAAAAUUAACAGAAAUUUGUCAUAGAAUUUCCGCAAUUUUAGAUGAAGAUGCUGAAUUAAGACUACAAUUCUGUACGUCAACAGAGCAUGAUACACUGUUUGAUCAGCUUGAAAUGGUCUGCCAUCAACAAUUAAACGAAGUUGACCAAAAAUUAAAUAAUAUGAAACAAAAAAUCGAAAAACAAGAAAAAGAUUAUCAACAACUAUUUGAUAAGUUUGCUAAAUUCAAGAAGGAUUUAUCAGACGCAUUUAAAGUUGAAGAAACUGAUAGUAUGAUCCAAUCUUGUGUAAUGAAAGGUCAUGAAUGGAAACAGCCAUAUAUUGAUCAAAAAAAUGUAGCAAUGAGAGAACAAAAACACGCAGAAGUAAGAGUUUCUACUAUCUACCAAAGAGUUACAGGAAUUUUAAACAUUAAGGGUGAUAAUUCACUAUCAUGCGAAGAUAAAUUCGAUGCAAUACAAGAGAUGCUUGAUACUUUACAGGAUGAUAAUGAAAAACUUAAAUACAAAUAUAAGAAAGAAAAAGAAGCUCAUGAUGAUUUGAGAUUAGCCAUUGUAGAUGUUUGUGAUGAAUAUAGGAUGAUGACAAAGGUGGAGCUGAUCGAUCCUAAAGUGGCACCUGAUAAAGAUAUUGUUUCUAACACUGCUGAAGUUUUAAGAAGAAUCAAUCCAAGAUCAAAUUAA